UCAAUCGGCUGUCGUUUGGGUGGUUCGACAGAAGUGACACACGCUGAAUUGGGAGGUACAGUUAGGAACCUACGAACAUGUGUUUAUAUUUAAGUUCUGAAAAAAACCCUGACAUAUAGAAGAAUGACUUUUAUCCAUCGUCGGACCAAGCUUUGAUUGAAACUUGAAAACUCAUCUGGAGGUGAUGCACGAUUUGAUAUGGAUGAAGUGUCGUGGAUCAAAAAAGAACUUUUAACAAGGAAAGAUUUGUGAUCGACACAAAGUGCCACAAUGACCUCUUUAGUGAAGCAGCAGAGAAACAUUUGUGUUCUUCUUCCUAACAAACACCAGCUGGAGAUCACGGUCGGGUUAAAGGCCACAGGGCUGGAUGUUUUCAACCGGCUGGCAGAGCUUCUUGAUAUCAAAGAGAUGCACUUGUUUGGCCUCACAGUAGUGCGAGACAAUGAGCACAUAUUUUUAGACAUGGAGGAGAAGUUGACCAAGUACUUACCCAAAGAAUGGAAGCAAGACUCUGGGAAGGGUUUGGAUAGGAGAGCCUUUCCUCUAGUUCUUUGCUUAAAAGUGCAGUACUAUGUUGAGAAUGGCAGACUCAUAAGUGAACGCAAGGCACGGCAUCUGUACUACUCUGACCUCCGUGAGCGCGUGUUGCGCUCCGAAUGCCGUCAACGGGAGGAGGUGUACUUUCAGUUAGCAGGUUACGCCAUGCAAGCGGACCUCGGUGACCACCAGCUGCCAAAAAAGGGGGAAGAGGUUGCCCCUUACUUCGAACCUAAGGAGUACUUUCCUCCAUGGAUAAUAGCCAAGCGGGGAUUGAACUAUCUCCUCUGCCAUGGUCCCAAAGUGCACCAGGAACUGUUGGGCAUGUCAGCACGUGAUGCCAUCCUCCUCUUCAUAAGAGAGUCAUGUCGUCUGGAGGAUGUACCAGUCACUUUUUACCGACUACAAAAGGACAAGAAGGAAGAGAGAGGAAUGGCGGUACUCGGCCUGACCCUGAGAGGAAUGCAGGUUUAUCAGGAGGUGAACAACAUCAGACAGCUGCUAUAUGACUUCCCCUGGUCCAUUGUGGGACGACUUACAUUCCUGGGAAAAAAGUUUGAGAUCCAACCGGAUGGCUUGCCGUCAGCUAGGAAGCUUGUUUACUACACAGGGUCAUCAUUCCGUUCUCGACACCUGCUCUUGCACCUGAGCCGCAGCCAUCGCAUCUACCUCAGCCUCCAGCCUGCCCUUAAACACCUCCGCCAGCUGGAGGAGAGUGAAGAAAAAAAAAGUUACAGAGAGUCGUACAUUAGUGAUGAUCUCGACUUGGACCCACCAGGCAGUGAGAGCAGCCCGGGGUUGUCCCGAGUCUCCACUAGUAGCUCGGGCAUAGAAGCCGACAACCGCCAACACAGCAUCUCCACAGAGAUUAUCUCCAUGGAGGAGGAAUCUAGUUCCUGUACGUCUGGCAUCGGCAGCGGGAGGAAAGCUCACACAAAGGAUGAGGAGUGGCAAGAGGAAGAAUUGAAGGCUGAUUUUAGACAGAAAGAUCUCUUGGAAUAUCCAGAGGAGAUGUUCCAGCUGGCUGAUCUUCUUGAUGGUAUGUCGGUGGAUUGCACACUGUCCUCUGAGACAGAAUCGCAAGUAAACAAAGUGUGCAUCCCAGAAAAUGAGGAACUGCUCCAGAAUGAAGAUAACUCAAGUAUACAAGUGUUGGAAACUAGGUCGCACGCUUGUGUGGACCGGCAUAGCCACAGUCUUGACGAUAUUAGUUUGUUCCCACCUCAGACACCUCUGGGCACUGCACUGCCAGCAGAUUCUUCACACAGCUACACCUUCGGCCUUUCAAACACCUCAGCGGACAUGAAGAUGCCCACGGAUCACAACUAUUUUCCUUUUUUGCACUACCAAGCCAAACCUUCCUUCUACGGUCGCAGGUCUACCAACUGUUUGUCACUAGACCUGCUAGCAGACGAACAAUUCCUCGAGUUCAUUCUGUGAACAUACAGAAGUACAUACGUUUGUUUCAUUUGUGUGAUGGUCGUCUAAGCUGAGUUCUUUUUGUAAGCGUCCUAGUGUGACAACAGUGGAAACCUCUUUUUUUGUCCAUGUUUAUUUUACUACAAAAUUCUGUGAAUGAGGUCACAGUUCUUUACCAGGAACAUUUCUUUGUCUAUGACAUAUUUAUUGAUAUUCUGCUCUGUACAUAUCACUUGCACUUGCAUUUUAUGAAAUUUCAAGUUUUUCAUACAAAACCAUGUCUAUCAAGCUUAGAUUGGGUGCCUGCAAUAGGUUAAUAUUGAGCACAAAAUUAUAUUUAAAAAAAAAAAAAAAAGUUAUACUUUUUUAUGUUCAUGUGUAAUCGCCGUAAAUCUCAUUAACUCGAGCUUUGUCAGAACAUAUAAAAUGAGCUGUCACAUGUUUAAAAUAUUCAGAAGCCACAGUGCCAAUGAUAAUGCUCCUCAGUACCUUAAUUUUCAUUUUAAAACAUUUUGAUCUCCAUUUUUGUGCAGUGCACCCGAUCAUUUCUAUUAUACUGCUUCAGCAAAUGUAUCUACAAUUGUGUGGAAAUGAAACUUCUAUACAGCUUGAAAACCACUCAUCCAAAGUCCCCACUUGCCUAAACUCUUCUACUGCCUCUAUAAUUACAACAUUACCGUUUACAAAUGCUAUUUCUGUAACUGUUACAUUUAUAAUGAUUCUGCAGUAUUUUUUUAUGUAACCACCAAACAAAGAGCCUUUCUAUCAAGUUAUUUUUUCCCUCUGAGAUAAUUUCACCGUUUUUGUAAAUGCUGAUUAGUAUGCAAAAGAACUUUAGCCAGCAUGACCUCACUAGGAAGGAAUGUCAGUAAUUAAACACUCUGUAUUCCUCUUUUGUAUGACAAAGCUGUGAGUUGCUUCCAAUGCUAAAGCAUUUUUUUCUAAAGCACUGUUUUUAUGAGCGCAAAAAUAAAUUUUACUCUGUCAAAUUGUCUGUUUGAAAUGUGAAUUCUUUAAUCUGAUCAACAUGGAGGUCGAGUAAAGAAGCAUUUACAUUCCUUUUACCAACCAGUAACCUUGUUCAUGUUCGUAGUAAGUAUAUAUUUUAAC